GUUCAAUCGCGCUCCCUCCCAAGCAUGAUACCCACCCGUAUUCGCCUUCUCUCUCGCUCAUUCACCACUUUCACAAACGAAAAACCCUGGUAUAUAACCACACCCAUAUUCUACCCCAAUGCCUCUCCACAUAUUGGUCACCUCUACUCUUUAGUAACAGCAGACAUUUUCGCCAGGUACCACCGCCUCGAAAAUCCAGACAGACCAGUUCAUUUUGUCACGGGUACGGAUGAACAUGGGUCCAAGAUUCAGAAAGCUGCAAUGAUGAGAGGAAUGGAGCCCAGGACCUUUUGUGACGAGAUUAGUGAACAUUUUCGUAGGCUUGCGAAGGGGGCGAAUAUCAGUCAUACGACGUUCAUACGGACAAGUGAAGAGAGGCAUCUAAAUACUGUGCAUCACGUUUGGCGGCAACUGGAAUCCAAAAACCUCAUUUACAGAGGUACUUACACGGGCUGGUACUCCAUUACCGAUGAAUGCUUCUACACCGACUCCCAAGUCAUCCACCCUAGCCCUCAAUCCGAAGAAUCCACCCCAAUCUCAAAAGAAACCUCCUCACCCGUCGAAUUCACCCAAGAAACAAACUACAUGUUUCGUUUGUCUUCGUUACAGGACAAACUUCUUUCCCAUUUCCUUGCAAAUCCCGACUUUAUAUAUCCUUCUAACUACCCGGAAGACAUCAUACAUUCUCUCAAGAACGAACCACUCCAGGAUAUCUCGAUUUCGAGGCCCAGGUCGAGAGUAAAGUGGGGUGUGGAGGUUCCAGGUGACCCGGAGCACACAGUAUAUGUAUGGGUGGACGCGGUGUUGUCAUACUUGACUGGGAUCGGCUAUCCCUGGAAUGGCGUUAGGAAGCAUGAGGAUAUGGGAGGAUGGCCAGUGGAUCUUCAAGUCAUUGGAAAGGACAUUGUUAGGUUCCAUGCAAUCUACCUCCCCGCUAUUCUCCUAGCCCUGGAAUUACCGCUACAAACACGAAUCCUUGCACACGCACAUUGGACCUCAUCGCAGAAAAAGAUGUCGAAGUCUCUGGGAAACACAACAGACCCUUUCCAGGCCAUUGAGGAGUUUGGUCUCGACUCGGUGAGGUGGUACCUAACGAGAGUAGGAGGGAAGUUUCGAGACGACGUUGACUGGUCCCACGACCAACUGUCGAAACACCACAAAGAGUUUCAAUCUCUCCUUGGGAAUUUUUUCUUAAGGGUCACUUCGAACACGAUAUUGAAACGCGUCCAGGAUGCUCAGACGAUGUUGAAGCAAGCUGACACUGACCAGGCCGUACCCAUCUCCAAUCAAGAGACAAAAAAUUGGUUUCAAGAUAUGGUCUCCCUGCAACAGGAAACGAAUAAAUACAGGGCAGCAUACGCUGAUUUGCUUGAAGCGACCACUGUUCUACCGGAUAAAAUAACGCAAAACCUGAGGAAACUGGACGUUGCCGACGCCAUGGAGGAGAUCGUGGACGUGUUGAGGAUUGCAAAUCGAUCCCUAAGUGAUGUCGCUCCCUGGUCUCCUUCUUCGUCUUCAUGCGCCGCAUUAGUGACGGCUGAAGCAUGUCUCGAAACCCUCCGAGUUGUCGGAAUUUGUUUGCAGCCUUUCGCACCGGAUGUCGCUGGGAGACUGUUAGAUGCACUGGGUGUGGAGGAGAGAACGUGGAUGGCGUCAAAGAAGCGAGGGACACUCAAUGUGCACGAUGUGAAGGGCGUUAAACUGUUCCGUAAUGAGAAGGAUAGGGUAUUGUAG